AUGUCGUUCGCUACGAGAUCGUCUUUUCUUACAGGCAUCUGCACCUUUUCCAUACUGAUCUCAACCGGAUCUGUGCAGGCGCAGCUCGAUUACAGCAAACAUGUCAACGUCUUUCAAGGGACUCAGGGCGGUGGAAAUAGGUUUCCUGGAGUAGUGGCCGCACCCUUCGCCAUGGUCAAGCUUGGACCUGACGUUCAUAACAUGAACACGGACGCGUAUUCUGGCUACCUCCCCGAAGGCAACAUCUUUGGAUUCAGUAUGAUGCAUGAGUCCGGGACAGGAGGAGCGCCAAAAUACGGCGUCAUCAGUCAGAUGCCAGUGGUCGGUGAGGUACCGAACCCCCUUGCAGAUUUGUCCCAACCACGCGCAUCACCAGACCGGGCAAGUCUGGGAUACUACAAGUCUUCGCUGGCAAACGGUAUUACAGUAGAGCUAGGUGCUACCGAGCAUGCUGGGCUUUACUCUUAUUCUUUUCCGAACGGCACAUCGUCAUCUAUUGUAGUCGAUGUUUCGCACGUACUUCCCAGUUUCAGGGGCCUUGGAUGGGAACAACACUACUCGGGUGGUGAAUUCAGUAUUGCAGAAGAUGGGCACUACGAAGGGUCUGGUGUCUACAACAACGGCUGGAAUCUAUCACCAGAUUGGACGAUUUAUUUCUGUGGAAAGUUCAACAAACAGCCUAUACGAUCGAAAACUUUCAACGGAGAUUCUAAUGCAACGAACACCCCGGUAUCAGGAAGUGCCCGUCUCGGUGGAGUUUUCACAUUUACCGAACCGGAAGUGACAUCCCGAGUUGGCAUCUCCUUCCUCUCUACCUCACAGGCUUGCUCGAACAUGGAAGAAAUCACCGAAGACGCCUCACUCGCCACCCUCGUAUCCGCCGCAAAAACAAGAUGGAACACUGAAAUCUUCAGCAAAAUCCAAACCUCCUCCUUCAACACCGACGACCUAUCCCUCAUCUACAGCACCCUCUACGGCGCCUUCCUCAUCCCCUCGAACCGGACCGGCGAAAACCCAUCCUGGACGUCCACCGAACCCUACUAUGACGACAUCUUCACCUUCUGGGACACGCACCGCUGCCACACCUCUCUCUUCCACAUCCUGCAACCCAUCGCCUACGAAGAGUUCCUCCGCUCUUUAAUCGAUAUCUGGCGCCACGACAGCUUCCUACCCGACGCACGCUCUUCAAACUACAACGGGCGCGUACAAGGCGGCUCAAACGCCGACAAUGUCCUCGCAGACGCGUACGUCAAAGGCGUCCGAGGCGCUAUAAACUGGGAUGACGGGUUCGCCGCUAUGCGCACCGACGCUGAAGUCGUCCCGCCCAACAACUUCGACCCUCAAGCCCCUGAUUCCUCGACUAAGGAAGGACGAGGCGCACUCCCGGAUUGGCUCGAGUACGGAUAUAUAACACCGCGUUUCACCCGCGCCGUUACCCGCGCAGUGGAAUACUCAACCAACGACUUUGGUCUGCACGUCGUCGCCGCGGGUCUGGGUAAAACAUCCGAAGCAGAAACAUAUCUAAACCGCUCCCGCAACUGGCGUAACCAAUGGGACCCCUCUGCCUCUUCCAACAACCACACAGGCUUCCUCGUCCCCCGCCUCGCAAACGGCACUUUCAUACAACAAGACCCCGCCGACUGCGGCGGCUGCUACUGGCCCGACGCGUACUAUGAAGACAACAGUUGGAUCUACAGUAUGAACGCCAUCCACGAUGUCGCCGAGUUGAUAAGGAGGAUUGGUGGCGACGAAAAGUUUGUAGAUCGUUUGAACAAGAUAUUCGAUUUGGGGUUUUUUGAUGCCGGGAACGAACCUAGUUUCACCACGCCGUAUCUUUAUAACUUCGUCAGGGGAGAGCAGUGGAGGAGUGUGGAGAGGAGUCGGGGCGUUUCCGAUUUGUAUAAUGCGGGGGUUAUGGGGUUGCCUGGGAAUUCGGAUGCGGGGGCCAUGGAGGCGAAUUUGCUCUGGCAGAUGAUCGGUCUUUAUCCAGUGACGGGCCAGACUACUUUUCUGGUUCUGUCUCCUUGGUUUUCAGAGCUUACGCUUGAUCUUGGGAACGGGAAAAAGCUUAUUGUUACUACUGCUUUCAGUGAUGGCGGCGAUAGGAACACCGCGCCGUACGUACAGAGUCUGAAGGUCAAUGGUGAGGCGUGGGACAAAGCAUGGGUGGCCUGGGAAGACGUGUUCGAGAACGGAGGAACGAUGGAGUAUGUGAUGGGAAGAAGUCCAACUCACUGGGCAACAGGAGAUCUACCACCUAGUCCAGCAUCGAUAUAG